AUGCUGACGACGGCAAAAAGAGGAAAGAACUAUCGGGCCGUCCUCGGAAUGCCCUUUGCAGCUUUCAGAUUUUGCUUCAGUUUUUUGUUGGGUCUCCCAGACGAUUUUCCUUUCCGUGCCAGGUUGUUCCUAUUUGGCUCUCGAAUCUCUACUCGCGCGGAAACUGUUUGAACGAACAAACGCAAAUAUUGCAGAAUGGAAGGAAAAAAAUGGGGGUAGGUGCAGAAGGAAGUAUCGUUUUUAGGUGCUUGAGUGACCUCACAAACGGUUCUUUGGAGUCUAAAUUCGUAGAGUUUUAUGGUUUUCUGAAUAAUAAUAUUAUAUUCAUGAUGUAUCAAUAAACGUAUUUCUUAGGAACUCCAGAGUGGUCCCUAUAGGGGCAUAAGGGGCCUCUAGGGAUCACUUUACCAACCCCUAUAGGGACCACUAAGUGGUCCUUAUAAAGUUUUUAGUGAGUGUCCACCACUCUGGAAUUCCCAAGCUUCUAUUGAAGUUUUGAAAAGAACAAGGAAAAAAUAGUCGUUUUUGCAGAGGUUACGCCUAUUUUGCGUCUAUUUUUUUCGCUCUUCGAUCAAUAACUUUUUUAAAAAAUGUUCUGGAAAGUACCUGAUGAAGUGAGAACUGGGAUACAUUUUUUCCUGAAUUCGUUCGAUCCCCAACAAAUUUCCUUUAAACUUGCUUCAGUGCUCCUGAUAACCGAAUAACGUCCAACUUAUCGUUCUCGAAAAAGCUGGCGCAUCAAAUUUGAAGAUCAGUCGCACUUUUACUGAUAAGAGAGUUAUCGUCUGAAAUAAACAGCCUGUUCAAAAGAUUUUUAAAUUCCAGAUAGUUUUAUUGUUUGUCUGGACGCGAUCCAUCUCAUACAAAGUUGGCCCCUUCUCAAAAACUUUUGUUUGCUUCCAAUGUCCGAGAGCGCUCUGAACCUCGACUAUCGAAAAAAUAGAGUUUGGUGCUUGAAACCGCUUCCGAAAUGUUGCGAGAAGUCUGGCCUAUGUCCAACUUUCGAAUCGCCUUCUGAAUAGAAGUACAAACGAGAAAAUCUUCGAUUACCUUGCUCACCGGGAAACUUUUUUACCCCCCGCUUGAACUUUUGCUGAAACUUUGCUGAAGCGUAUUUCAGGACCCCUGAUAGCAGAUCAAGAAAAAGAUUUCUCACAAUAGAUCUUUUUUCCGAGUUAUGGAGCUUCAAAGUGUCAAUUAGGCCAAAAAAGCGCUAUUUCGAGCUUUUGAAGUGUCCUUACUCGAAAACGAGAUCUAUUGCGAGAAAUCUUCUUUGUGUUCUGGAAUCAGGGGGUUCUAAAGUACACUUCAACGAUGUUUCAGCAAAAUUUCAGGGGGAAACGUUCAGUCAAUGGCUUCUAGGACCACAAUCCAGAAGAAGGAAGUUUUCUCGAAGGUAAAAGCAUCCAAAAACGUCGCGAAGACCAAAUCGUAUUUGUGUUUAUUUAACUAACAAUACCUUCGGUGUGGCUCGCGGGCCGGAAGUUGCACAAGAGCAGCCAACAGUCCUUUUUUACGCCUGCGAUCCCAGAGACCUCUGCUGCCCCCUUGCGCACACACUCGCGACUCUCUCCAUCCGCACAGUUCCUUUCCGAGAUUCUCGGCCUGUCAACACGCGGCGGCUGGAGCAAGGCGGCACCAGCGGCUUCCCGUUUUCAUGGUACUUGUGUCUUCCGGGGUCCGACGUGUCGGAGGAUCCGCCUAUCGUCUCUGAAACGUGCCGUCACAUCUGCAGGCAGCCGUGGUCCAGGACCACACCGUCCAAACCUGGCUCUAAUCUCUUCACUUAUUCUUUAAGUUCGACCUCAAGGGCUUCUGAUUCCUUCUUUCUGUGACCUUCUGCUCUAAUAAAUUGCUAAGCCUUCUGAUGGGUCAAAUCUUACUUGCUUCAUGAUCAUUCGACAUUUCCUUGCACUCUCGAUGUAAUACUACAUCAAGUUCUCAUUUAUUUAUAAUUUUCGAAACUUUCUACUCCUCUAAAAACUUUCCGGAACACUAAAAAUGAAAAUCUGUCCAUGUUCAUUCUUUUCAGAUAUAUAUCAAACACCUUUGAAUUUUCGCGCCCUUUUUCACAAAAUUUAUUAUUUUUAUAGAGUAUUCAUAAAGGCCUCGAUUCACAGUAAACUUUGCGAGAAGCGAAUUUUUUUUUCCAGCUUCUUGUAGCAAUUUAUCACCUUUUCUUUGAGAAUUAUUCGUUGCUAUGCCCUUUUCAAACUUCUGUAACAAUCUCAAUAUUCUACCGUCCAUUUUUCCCCCUUUUUCAACGUGUAUCGAACUCUCAAAGUUAGGCUUCGUAAUCUCCAAAUGUUCAGAUAUGAGUUGCGCGGCAAUCGUCGCUUCUUUGGCCAACGUCGGCAAACUCGACAUGAAUGCUCUACUGACCAAUGCGUUGCAGUUGCAGACCGAAUUUCUUCAGUCUUCGGUUCGUAAAUGUUUCCAAAGCAAUUUAUCUUAUAUCUCACUUCAAAUCCACCUGAGAAUGUUUAUUUUAGGAUGACAAAGGGUUGGAAGUCCGUCGCAAGCGUCGCCGUGGAGAAGUGGCAAACCCAGCCAACACAUUGGACGCUCUGGUGGCACGAAAGGCUGAUGACUGCACGCAGCCGUUCGAGAAGCGCUACCUCAGCGAGCAAGAAGCCAUCGAAGGACCCGACGACGAGAUUGAGAUGAAGAAGAUGGAGCACGAUCCAGACGUGUCGACGCGGACAUGCUCCACCUGUGGCUACCAGGGAAAAUGGGUCUCCGAAAUGAUCCGUCACAAGCGUGUUCACACAAGCGAAAGGCCCUUCAAAUGUCGUUACUGCUCUCGAACCAGCAAAUGGAAGGCCGACCUCAUCCGUCACGUUGCCAGUGAGUAACUAUCGAUUUCACAAAAUUAUAGUCCGUUUAUUGUAACUUGAAAGGGUUUCUCUGCGCCCUCCUGAUCUCUCGACGUCUCUCUCAUGUUUACGUGCUAUUUCCAUGAUUCCCUGACCUCGUCGGCGAGAGAACAGAGAGCCGCAGACACGCGAAAACUGUCAGGUAGCGGCUUUAGGAACUCCAGAGUGGUCUCUAUAGGGACAACCUUAAGGGCUCUUGGAGGGUCCUUUCCAGGGACACCUACCCCUAUAGAAACCACUUGUUCGGCCCGUAGAGGAGCUUUUCCCCCCUAACCCCUAUAGGGAUCACUCUAAAAUUCCUAAUAUUUUAUAAUCGUUCCGUUAUCAAAAUUAGUUUUCCCAUCGUUCAAGACCAUUUUGCGAUAUUCUACUUCAGAGUCCUCCAAAUUUUAUUUGGCCUUUGCAGAGACACAUGGAAUAAGAGUGGUUUCGAAGUACAGCCGCUCGAAGACUUUCGACUCAUCUGCAAUCUUCAACAAGAGCAAUGGAGGUGACUUCGCUUCAGACAGACAAGACUGCGAAAUGGACCUGAGCAGCAAGGUUUAACCUCUCCUAAGCACUGAAGGCUCACCCGUCUACUUGCAGAGUCCGUUGCCAUACUCGUCUUCUUCCUCUUCUUCAAGUGACGUCGAGUCUCCAGCGCCGCCGAAGGAGAAACGCGUGUGCAACUCCGUCUCCGGAGUCUCCUAUCGUUGCGUCCUUUGCGGCUUCGAAGACGAGCGCGUGUCCGUUCUGACGCAGCAUGUGAGACGUCUCCACGACACCUCUCCCUACGUCUGUCGAUGCGGCGACCAGUUCGACGACCUCCAGGCGGCCCUUGGUCACUCCGGUCGCUCGUGUCCAUCUUACGAGAUUGUUUUCAACGUCAUCCCCAACUACCUCCACGACAAAGGUACUUGACCAUGAACUCGGAGAUUAUUUUUGAAUUCUUCAGCAGCGCACUCUCCCUGCGAGAGCAACUCUUCUGGAGACAGCGGCGUUAAUAUGGACGUCGAUGAGACGGAGACUCCGGAAACGCCACUCGGUCUGCCCUCGUCGGCGCCCUUCUCCCUUUUCUCGCCACUGCAACUCCAGACGCCCAUGAUCUCUCCCACUAUCUUUGAGGUAUUCAUGAUCUUUUCAAAUCAUUUUGCAAUUCGAUCCUCCUUAGAACUCAUUGCUCCAGUCCCCUUUCGACCUUCAAGCUGCUCUUAUGGCUCUCCAAUCGCCGUUGGCGCCGGUCUACCUCGCUUCUUUGGUUAGUACUUUCUUCCCUCACUGUCAACAGAACAUUAGUAUCUCAUUGAAAAGUUCCUAAUUUCAGACGUCUCUGCUGGCUUCUCCAACCGUUCCGCUUGCUUCGCCAACUUCCAUGGAGACUUGUUCUGAAGAACACGAAGAGCUCGAUGUUGAACAAUGA